GGAAGUUAGCGUUGCAGUAGGCACGCCGUUCAGAAGGGGCGUGUUGUAGAUCAGGAUUAAUAUCUGUGAAGCGGAAGCGGAUGCAGUCGGGUUGAUUAUAAGUAUUGGGAAAAUCCACCGAGGGAUUUAGUAAGGACGACGAACGAAGCAUGGCGGGUUCGGUUUCUAUGAUUUGCUUUGUCCUGUGCUGCGUGUAUGCGUUUGUAUUGUUUGCAGUAGUCACUUCAAAUGACAACGGAGCAGGUUACAACGUGAAUUCGACGGCAUUUCUUGUCCACUAUUCCGCAAAUAAGGAGUCUCUCGAUAGUUCUGCGUUUGCUUGGGCAAAGCCCACUGACUUAGACACUUCCAUUUCAAACACAAAUUACAAUAUCAUCGAAACUACAACUCAACAAGCAUUUAAUGACAAGUCCCUGCGUGUCUUCGGUCGUCCACCGACUCCCGUGAAUGACGGUGUUGAUGGAUUUUAUUUUCCUGCCCCUACUCUUCCACUGGCCAGAAACUUUGACUCACUCUUCACACAGUUCAAUAGGUUUGUUUUCAGUUCACCGGACAAUAAUGACAUGUCUACAUAUACUCCUGCUGUGGUCCACAAAUUCUAUCAGUAUGGAGAUGUAAUCAUGUCCACUCAAGUCAAUGGAAAAAGACAAAUAUUUUUCUUGCCAGCGUCCAGUGUUUCUUUUGAAUGCGUUGACCAGAAUCCUGCAGCUUUCCUGGUGGACAGGAGAAAUCGUUGUUCCCGGCGUGUCGUUCUGAAACAGGAUUGUACCUCUGUACAAGCCCUAAACCUAGAUACCUACAAGAACACCAUGCUCUUUGCUGCUAAGAAUGAAGAUGCUGCUGUUGUUCCUGUGAAGAUGGCAUCGGUCGUCUUGCAGUCUUUCGAUGGCAUCCAAAAUGAAGUUCAGAUCGAUGAAAAUAUGAGAAAUAUGACGCCAUAUGUCAAUUCAAAUAUGUGCUCAAAUGUUGUGUUGAAGGUUGUAUACUUGGUGAAGUACAAUAUGGCAGGCCUAAUCGUAAAUGCUGGAGUGCAUCUGCUGCUUGGGCAUUUUCUUAUUCCAGCACUUACCCUGGAACAGGAGUUUUCUGUCAUUUUUCUUCAGGAGAAGAAUAAGAAUGUGCCGGUCCAAAACAGCGGAAAUCCAGGUUAUGUCAUUGGACGUCCUAUUUUGUCUGGACAAGUAAUUUCUAAAGAAAAAGUGGUGAUCAUCAACCCUGGAGACACACUGUCUCUUCUCCAGGGUUCUGCAAACCACAACUGUCUGAACGGUCUUCAUCAGCACUCUCCUAUCUUGUUUGGUGUAGAAUCGAUGUCUGGGUGCACAUUAAGACUGGAGGAAGCAGCCAACUGUUCCCUUGCUUCCCAAAUUAUUCUUGAUGUCCUGCGAGGACAAACCUAUUCCCAAUAUGUUGCUAUAUUCGGAAACUCAGAAUUAGACAAUUACCUUGACUGGGUACCUAUCAAGCACAACUAUAAUCACUGGGGGUACUCAAUGUGUCGAUCACGAUCAAGGCAGUUUUGAUCGAUCGCGUGACGCCGUGCCAAGAAAAAAAUGACGUCAGCCUAUCCUCCAUCUUGUCGCUUGAUUCAGGUGUGGCAGGUACGUCAAUUCCACCCACAUAAAGGCGCUUUCAAGCAAGCUUCUCUCCUAUUUCCGGUCUCUCUUUUGCCUUUCUCCACGGCAGUUGCGGCAAUGACACACACACACACACACCAAGACUCUGAUGACAACUAUUUGUCCUGAUGUUUAAUGAUGCUGAGUGAAACUAUAACAAGUUGUGUGUUGACCUUACCAUUGAUGGAAACCAGUGAGUAUAAUACUGUAAAUACAAAUUCAAAAUUUCCUGAUAAUUUGAUCUUGUCAUCCAAAAGUCAGCUCAAUGGUAACGUCCUUCCAAAUGGACACACAGUGAGGAAAAUAAGUUUUCCUCCCUUGAAAUCAUGGAGGGGCUGAAAUGUUCAUCUUAGGUUCAUGUCCACUGUGAAAAUACAAUCUAAAAAAAAAUCCAGAAAUUAAAAUGUAUGAUUUUCAAAUCAUUUAUUUGUAUGAUCCUGCAGCAAAUAUGUAUUUGAAUAUCUGUAAAAAUCAAUGUUAAUAUUUGGUACAGUAGCCUUUGUUCGGAAUUAGUGACGUCAAACAUUUCCUGUAGUUUUCAACCAGAUUUGCAUACACUGCAGCAGAGAUUUUGGCCCAAUCCUCUACACAGAUCUCGAGAUCAGCCAAGUUUCUGGGCUGUCGGUGUGAAAAACAGAGUUUGGGCACCCUCCAAAGAUUUUCUUUUGUAGGUCUUGAGACUGGCAAGGCGAGUCCAGAACCUUGAUAUGCUUCUUAAAGAGCCCCCUCUUGGUUAUCCUGGCUGUGUGCUUAGGGUCAUUGUCAUGUUGGAAGACCCAACCAUGACCCAUCUUGAAUACUCAAACAGAGGGAAGGAAGUUGUUCCCCAAAAUCUCACAAUACAUGCCCCCGGUCAUCCUCUCCAUAAUACAGUGCUGUUCAGUCUCAUGGAGAAAAACACCCCCAAAGCAUGAUGCUUAAACCCCCAUGCUUCACAGUAAGGAUGGUAUUUUUUUGGGAUGUUAUUCCUCAUUCUUCCUUCUAAUGCAGCCCUAUGGGGAGCACAAGGCAGUGCAAUCCAUACACCGAUCCCAGCCCCGGAUCAACGCAGAAGGUUGCAUCAAGAAGUGCAUCCGGCCUUAAACUUUGCCAAACAAAUAUGAGCAUUCAGCUAAAGAACCCAUACGAGAUUGGUCGUGGCCCAGGUUAGCAUUGUCCACCCCUGGCACCGUUAACCUGCAGGAUGGGUUGUCGGUGGGAAUUCAGUUACCGUGGGUUGAAGACAGAAGAGUAGGAAAGUGGACUCAUUAGCAGAAGAAGAAGAGGAAUGCUCGGAGCCUAAAGCUGAGUGUAGGGACUUUGAAUGUUGAGACUAUGACAGGAAAAGCUCAGGAGUUGGUUGAUAUGAUCAUAAAGGGGAAAGUUAAUAUAUUGUACAUCCAAGAGACCAGGUGGAAAGGUAGUCAGGCUUGAGGUUUAGGGGCAGGAUUUAAAUUAUUUUACCAUGGAAUCAAUGGGAAGAGAAAUGGAGUAGGGGUUAUUGUAAAGGAAGAGCUGGCUAUAAAAUUGAUGGUGUUAUGUAUAAUGUUAUAGGUGGCUAUGCCCUACAGGUAGGAUGUGACCUAGAGUUGAAAAAGAAAUUCUGGAGGGAACUAGAUGAAUAUUUCUGAGCAUCCCAGAUAGUUGUGACUGGUGGAGAUUGUAAUGGGCAUGUUGGUGAAGGAAGGAUGAAAAAGUGAUGGGUUAGUACAGUAACCAGGAAAGGAAUUUUGAAGGACAGAUGGUGGUGGACUUUGAAAAAAGAUGGGAAUGACAGUGAGCACCUUUUUCCAGAAGAGGCAGGAACAUAAGGUGACCCAAAAGAGCGGAAUAGCAGCACAUGGGUGGAUUAAAUUUUGUGCAGACUAUAUAAUCAGAAGGAGGUUACUGAUUGUAAGGUAGUGGUAGGGGAGAGUGUAGCUCAGCAGGAUAGGAUACUGGUGUGUAGGAUAACUCUGGUGGUGGGGAGGAAGACUAACAAGACAAAGCUAGAGCAGAAAACCAUGUGGUGAAAGUUGAGAAAGGAAGAAUGUUUUGGAGCCUUUUGGAAAGAGGUGAGACAGGCUGUCGAUGGACAGGAGGAGCUCCCGGAAGACUGGACAACUACAGUCAAGGUGAUCAGAGAGACAGACAGCAAAAUACUUGGAGUGUCUUCUGGUAGGAGAGGGGAGAAAGAGACUUGGGGAAGAAACCUCAAAAUAUAGGAAGUCAUACAAUGAAAGAGCUUAGUGAAGAAGCAGGGGGACACUGAGAGGACUGAGGAGAGGCAAGGGUAAUAAAUUCAGAUGCAAUGUAGGGCAAAGGUAGAGGUGACGAAGGCUAAACAAGCCUAUGAUGACAGGUACACUAGCUUGGACAGAGCUUGGACAAGAAAGAAAAAGAUCUAUAUAGGUUGGCCAGAGAGAGGGAUAGAGAUGGUAAGGAUGUGCAGGAGGUAAGACUGAUUAAGGAUAGAGAUGGAAAUGUGUUUAUUGGUGCCAGGAGUGUGCUAAAUAGAUGGAAAGAAUACUUUGAAAAGUUGAUGAAUGAAGAUAGAGAAGAAAGAGUAAAAGAGGCAAUUGUGAUUGACCAAGAGGUGGCAAUGAUUAGUAAGGCAGAAGUUAGAAAGGCAUGAAAUAAUAUGAAAAACGCAAAAGCAGUUGGUCUUGAUGACAUACCUGUGGAGGUAUGGAAGCAAUUCAGGUCACUGUGGAGUUUUUGACCAACUUAUUCAACAGAAGCCAGUGCAAUCUGUUUGCCGGUCCCAAGCCUGGAUAAAUCAGACGUGAUUUUUCCGAUUAUUGACGGAAUUCUGUUGUUUUGAAUUGCAUAGAUAAAAAAAAAAAUCUGUUUUUCUGCAAUAUACCGACCGUAACCUGUGCCAGAAUCCACACUCGUUCAUUUUCCGAUCUGACUUUUGCAAGUGAGGCGGAAGUAAUGCGGAAGCGAGGCGGAAAAUGUGAUAUGCGUCUAUUGAUUGCGGAACAAUCAGGUAAUGGGCCCAUUUGUAAGUGAACACAGUGGCAGUGCUCGAAAGGAAAGACCAUUCGCGAUUGAAGGAAAUGGAUAGAAAUGUAAAAAAUAACUUUCGAUGGGAUUGGAUGGAAUGAGAAAUUGACGAUGCCGUUGGAAAGAAGGAAGUUACCAUUCCAUUCACUGUGAUUUGACAGGUGCUAUUGCGCCCGCGCGCCAUCGUACUCGCAAAUCUGCACAGUUGAGCACGAAAAAUUACGCGCGUAAAAUUUGUUACGAGUAUACAUCAACAUUUUCAGUGCACACGAAAACCAAUCCAGCGCAGUGAACCACAGCCUGACUCCUUUUUUUUUUUUAAUGGAAGCACAUGCUCUCCUGCUAGUUUACCUGACUCUGCCCCCCUUCCGCUCUUAAAGGGGUACACUCAUAAUUACAAACACCGUCCACCCACACAAUGUGGGCAAUGUAGAGCAGAGUGAGACAUACUGCUUGUGUUUACUCUUGAUAAUAAUGGUAAAAAUAAAUAAAUAAAUAAGAGAUGUUGCUUUAAUAAAUGUUGGGGUAUGUGAAUAAUAGAAGAAAAUGUGGUGAAACUGGAUGAGAUUUUCAACAUGCAUUGCUAAAGAUAUUCUGCAAGCAAUAAUUCAGUUUUACACCAAGAAAAACAGACAGGGAUAUCAUUGUGGGUGAAAAAAAAUGAAACAAAGUUGCAAGCGACCUUUCAAAUUUAUAGUUCAUAGUUAGCUUGGUUUAGUAAGCAGUGUAUUUUUUUGUUUGCUGACAUUUUCAUUGUAAGUUUGGAUAAACACAAAGUUGUUCUUAGAAAUGUUGUGAUGGUAAUGUAAAUGCUGUAAUCUGAAUCUUUGAAUUAGCCAUGUAACUUCAAUGGAUGACACUGAUCUAACCACAGUGCAUACUUCUGAUGUUGUUCACAGUGGUCAAAGUGGGCGCUCACGGGCUGAGUGUGUUUGCUCAGACACGUAAAAUAUUAGAGGGAACAUUGGUCUUGACAUUAAUUUACGUUUAUUUCAUAAACGUUGGGAACAAAAGAAUCCUGAUCCUAGACAAUCAGUAUUCACCAGGAAACAGGAAAUGCAAGUUAACCGAAGUGAUGCCAAAAGCACAUGUUCUGAGUUGCUUCACGUACCGCGAGCGCAUUUACGUCGAAAGUCAUCAUCAUGAGCCAUGUCAAAGGAAAUUCAGUUACACUGAAAACAUUUCUGGGACAUAACACAGGGUAAAGUUUCAAUAUCUAACAUAAGUAUGAGAUUGAAUGUCUAUUGACUUCUUCAAAAAUGUCUGUCUCAGUGCAAUGUCAAUAAAUUAUGAUUAUUAAAUCAGGUAACAACUACAAACUCGGGUAUAACAACUCAGUUAUUUUAAGGUCUUGAGAUUCCAUCCAUAAUCACACCCGCAACUUUAUCUGCGGGGAUGACUGACCACGCUUUUACAUUUUUCAAAUGUGAGUGACUGGGUACCAUCUUUUUAUUCUUAGAUUAGCUAUAGUACCUCUCGUGUAUAGCAAGAUCAUAACAUGGUGUUAAGAGUGACAAUAGCAUAACUACGGACUUGUGAAAAAAAAGAAGGAAGACGACAUGGAAGAGUCCAAGAUGGAGGCGUUCAGUGUUCCUUCCCCCGAAGAUGGACUGGGACUCAUCCAACUUACCAGAUGCGUGGCGGAGAUUCAAACAACACGCUGAACUCAUGUUCAUAGGACCACUUAAAAACAGAGAGGAAAAGUGCAGUUUCCUCCAGCAGUGGAUUGGGGAUAAAGGACGGGACGUCAGCAACACGUGGACAAUGAUCGGAGACAAAGCUAAGUUGCUGAAAACAUAUUACAUAUUAAUUCUUUAAUUAUUUCACUCCAAAAGCCACCCUCAUAAUUGGUAGAUUUCAUGAGAAGACGUAAGGUAACAGUGAGUCAUUUGAGCACUGUGUGACAGAACUAAAGCUGUUGGUUAAAGACUAACUAAAAAAAAACACAAUGAGAUGGUCACAGUAAGUUAUUUUAAGGUCUUGAGAUUCCAUCCCUAAUCACACCUGCAACUUUAUCUCCGGGCAUGACUGACCACACUUACAUUUUUCAAAUGUGAGUGACUGCCACUCUAAGUGACUUCAUUCGCAAAAUCGAUCAACCUGGUAAAGCAUUCUGCACGUGGUGUCAGGAUACUAUUGAUUGAUCAAGAGGUUUCAAGGCACUGGAAGUUCACGCGUUACGACAAAAACACGUCAACAACUGGAAGCAAGGAAAACGAACUUUUCCACAGCUGGUACAUUCGGAUGUCAACCCAAGGUCAACAAACCUUCCGGACUUCAUCCAUUGUUUACUUCCACUACUCCCGGUAUUGAGAGGCAAGAUCCACCGAAACAAUCAACCUCAGUUGCACCAAGUCCUGUUGUGUAGUCCUGGGCUGAUUCCUCACCUUUCUAAGGGUCAUUGAGACCCCACGAGGUGAUAUCUUGCAUGGGGCUCCACUCCAAUUGAGAUUUGCCGUCAUGUUUUGCUUCUUCCAUUUUCUAAUGAUUGCUCCAACAGUGGACCUUUUUUCACCAAGCUCUUGGCAAUUUCUCAGUAGCCCUUUCCAGCCGUGUGGAGUUUCACAAUUUUAUCUCUGGUGUCUGUGAACAGCUCUUUGGUGAGAAAGUUGGAGAGAGAUGCGACGUAAGGCAAAGGUAGAGGUGGCAAAGGCUAAACAAGAGGCAUAUGACGACAUGAAAACUAGGUUGGAUAUGAAAGAAGGAGAAAAAGAUCUCUACAGGUUGGCCAAACAGAAGGACAGAGAUGGGAAGGAUGUGCAGCAAGUAAAGGUGAUUAAGGAUAGCGAUGGAAAUAUGUUGACUGGUGCCAGUAGUGUGCUAAGUAGAUGAUGGAAAGAGUACUUUGAGAAGUUAAUGAAUGAAGAAAAUGGGAGAGAAGGUAGAGUAGAAGAGGCAAGCGUGAAAACCGGCAAGUAGUAAUGACUAGUAAGGAGGAAGUUAAAAAGGCACUGAACAGAAUGAAAAAGGAAAGACAGUUGGUCCUGAUGACAUACCAGUGGAGGUAUGGAAGCAAUUUGGAUAGGUGGCUAUGGAGUUUUUGACCAACUUCUUCAAUACAAUACUAGCGGGAGAGAAGAUGCCAGAAAAAUGGAGGAAAAGUGUGUUAGUCCCCAUUUUUAAGAACAAAGGCAAUGUUCAGAGCUGUGGAAACGAUAGAGGAAUAAAAAUGAUGAGCCCCGCAAUGAAGUUAUGGGAAAGAGUAGUUGAGGCUAGACUCAGGAAAUAAGUAUCUGUGAGCAACAGUAUGAUUUCAUGCCUAGAAAGCGUACCACAGAUGCAUUAUUUGCCUUGAGGAUGCUAGUGGAAAAGUACAGAGAAGGUCAGAAGGAGCUGUCUUUGUGGAUCUAGAGAAAGCCUAUGACAGAGUACCAAGAGAGGAACUGUGGUACUGCAUGCGCAAGUCUGGUGUGGCAGAGAAGUAUGUUAAAAUAGUACAGGACAUGUAUGAUGGCAGCAGAACAAUGGUGAGGUGUGCCUUAGGUGUGACAGAGGAAUUUAAGGUGGAGGUGGGACUGCAUCAGAUCAGCUCUGAGCCCCCUCCUGUUUGCGAUAGUAAUGGAUAGGCUGACAGAUGAGGUUACCCUUGGACAAUAAUGUUCGCAAAUGAUAUUGUGAUCUGCAGUCGAAGCAGGGAGCAGGAGGAGGAACAAUGACAAAGAUGGAGGUACGCACUGGAAAGGAGAGGAAUGAAGAUUAUCUUAAGUAAAACAAUGUAUGUGCAUGAAUGAGUGGAGGAGGAAGUGUGAAGCUCCAGGGAGAAGAGAUAGUGAGGGUGGAUGACUUCAAAUACUUGGGGUCAACAAUACAGAGCAAUGGUAAGUGUGGUAAGGAAGUGAAGAAACAGGUCCAACCGGGAUGGAACAGUUGGCGGAAGGUGUCUGGUGUUCUAUGUGACUGAAGUAUCCACUGUGACAGUAGAGUAUCCACUAGGAUGAAGGGCAAAGUUUAUAAAACAAUGGUGAGGCCGGUCAUGAUGUACGUAUUAGAGACUGUGGCUCUGAAGACAGGAAGCAGAACUAGAGGUAGCAGAAAUGAAGAUGCUGAGGUUCUUGCUUGGGGUGAACAGGCUGGAUUGGAUUAGAAAUGAGCUCAUUAGAGGGACAGCCAAAGUUGGAUGUUUUGGAAACAAGAUUAGAGAGAGCAGACUUCGAUGGUUUGGACAUGUUCAGAGGCGAGAGCGUGAGUGUAUUGGCAGAAGGGUGCUGAUGUUGGAACUGCCAGGCAAAAGAACGAGAGAAAGACAAAAGAGAAGGUUGAUGGAUGUUGUGAGGGAAGACAUGAGGGCUCGAUAAAAAUGAGUUUGAGACCCUUACGUUCGAUCAGUGUUUCUCAAAUAGUAGGGCGCGCCCCCCUGAGGCGCGUGUGACCCUGGUAAACAUGCUUUUUUUUCCAGGACUAGAAUAAAGUGUUUUUGCACAUCCACUACAGUAGUAGGCAGUGGUGCUCUCAUUGUCAGAGUGUGCGUCAGCAUGGUUAAGGGGUUUUUAUUGCAUCAAGCUGGCGAGCUGAUAUCCAGUAAAUGAACCAAUAAGAGACAUGAAACAUUUUUAACAGGGAUGAAAAGAAAGGCGGAGAGAGACAAAGACAAUGAGACAAAAGAAAGUCACCCGCAUGCUAAAAUAGGCUAAAAUAUUUUUACUGUCUGUAGCACAUGGUGGCGCCAUUUUCUCGUCAGUUCUCGUUAAUUCGGGCAUAACAAAAUCAGUUACAUUCAGUAACCUCCUUCAGAUGACAUCUUCUGCACAAAAUGUAAUCAACCUGUGUUGUUCUACCUCCACUCUUGUUGGUCACCCUAUGUUCCUGCCUCUUCUGGGAAAAGAAAAGUGUUUCCUCCUGCCAUUUCCAUCCUUUUUGCAAAACCCACCACCAUCUGUCCCUUAAAGUUCCUUUCCUGUACUUACCAAUCGCUUCUUCACAAACUCAUCCAUUACAAUCUGCACUAAUCACAACUCUCUGUGUCUAGGAUGCUUAGAACUACUUCAUCUAGCUUCUUCCAGAAUUUCUCUUUCAACUCGAGGUCACAUCUUACCUGUGGGGCAUAGCCGCUAAUCACAUUAUACAUAACACCUUCAAUUUCAAAAUUCACCCUCGUCACUUGAUCUGAUAUUCUUUUCACCUCCAAGACAUUCUUAGCCAGUUUUUCAUUGAAAAUAGCCCAGACUCGAUUUCUCUUUCCAUCUACUCUUUGGUAGAAUAAUUUAAAACCUGCCCCUAAAUUUCUAGCCUCAAUACCUUUCCACCUGCUCUCUUAGAUACACAAUAUAUCAACCUUUCUCCUAAUCACGUCAAUCAACUCCUGAGCUUUUCCUGUUAUGGACCCAACAUUCAAAGUACCUACACUCAGUUGUAGGCUCUGUGUAUUCCUCUUUUUCUUCUGACAAUGGAUCCGGUUUCCUCCUCUUCUUUGUCUUCGACCCACAGUAGCUGAAUUUCCACAGACACCAUGCGGGUUAAAGGUGCCGGGGGUGGGCGUUGUUAAUCGGGGCCAUGACCGAUCUGGUAUGGUGUUCUUCAGAUUAACACUCAUAUUUGUUUGGGAAAGUUUUAAGCCGGAUGCCCUUCCUGAUGCAACCCUCUCCAUUUAUCCGGACUUGGGACCGGCAAACAGAUUGCACUGGCUGGUGCCCCCAUAGGGCUGCAUUAGGUGUCUUUAUGCAGCUAGUGAUCUCAAAAUAAACUAUUAAAAACAUCCUAAAUUGUGAUUUCUGGCUUUUUUUCCCCCCAAAGUAUAUCUGAAUAGCUGACGGUCACGCUACCCUGAGAACGCCCAAUCUCAUCGGAUCUCGGAAGCUGAGCGGGUUUAGCCCUGAUUAGUACAUGGAUGGGAGCCCCCCUGAGAAUACCAGGUUCUGUAAGCGUCUCUCCCCAGCUAAAUGCAACGGUGUUGCGUCAGGAAGGGCAUCUGCCGUAAAAACUGCCAAAAAAAUAUGCGUUCAUCUAAGAUGACAUGCUGUGGCAACCCCUAACGGGGGUAAAUGUCCGGUUCACCAAUCAGACAUUCAUUAAACAGGACCAAAAAGGAAGCAAAGACACCAGUUCAAGUCUCGCGAGGAGAGGAACUGUCUCGUACAAUUCACCACUGCACUCUCUGAUUAUCCUCUCCUCAGCACCCCUAUUUAUUUAAUUUUGAGACACCCCUUAUUUACAUGGAUGUUACAAAAAAGAGACGACAAGCAAAACAGUUUGAAACAAGGUGUACAUGUUUGUUCAUGUGCGUGUGCAUGUGUGGACGAUUGCUGAAUACAUGUGUGGUCAUCAUUUCUUUAACAGGCAGCAGUUCUAACAGUUCUGAUGAUUAGAUGUUUUUGUUCUUGCUAUCUCCUGCUAAGAGGCUGCCACGUUAUCUAGGGCAGAGCAUUUCUUUAUUGGAAGCAAAUGUAUGAUAAUUAUGAUCACAAUUAUUCCUACAUUACCCCCCUGUUUAUCCUACAUUUGCUACCACGUUUUCUAGAGCACAGCAAAGCAUUCUUCAUUGCAGCAAAGCCAGUAACUGAAUUGGAAAAGAGCAAAGCAUUUCUUCAUUGCAAGCAGAGACAGUAACUGAAUUGGAGCAGAGCAAAGCAUUUCUUUAUUGCAGGCAGAAACAGGAAGAAGACAGGAUAUCUCAACAGUGGACAUGCCCCUAAAAUGUAAUUUUCCACCCCCUCCAUGACUUCAAAGUGGGACAACUUGCAACUUGUGUGUUGAAAUAUUUAUUUUCCUCACUGUAUUUGCAAAUUCGUUUAUGGUAUUGUCUAAUGAUUAAGACUGCUGUUUGCUGAUUUGAAUAGUCUGAUCAAAAUAGUCUCUGAAGGACAUGAAUAGUGGUGCGCUGAGCUUCUGUAACGAAGAGCCACCAAGUCACUGCUAGGGAUGGGAAUUAAUAAUUUUCCAAUUCCAUUUUCGAUACUGCUUACCAAGUCCAAUAUUUAUCGAUUCUCCUGGUUGUCAUGAUCCUGCCGCUUCAGCAUGAGCUGUGCGGGUGCCCGCGCGGCUGCGCUGAUUGGGAGGCGCACACCUGCUCCUCAUGGGGGCUGAUCAUCCCCUGUAUAUAUAUGACCCGGUGACGACUGGUCCUCGGCCAGUUCGUUGAGCUUUAUGUCCCGUUCCAGCACUCUCGUA